AUGCACAGACGCAGUAUAUCAGACCCCGAAACAUUUUGGGGCGACAUGGCACAGAAACAGUUGCGAUGGAUACAACCAUUCUUGAGAGUAUCUGAUGGAGGGUUUAAACACGCUGACUACACAUGGUUCGACGGUGGGAAACUCAACGCAUGCGAUAACUGUGUAGACCGUUGGGCGGAAGAACAACCUGAUACCGUCGCCAUUAUAUUUGAAGGAGAUGAUGUGACAAAGAAUAGAAUCAUCACAUAUAGAGAACUAAAACGCCAUGUAUGCAGGUUCGCUAAUGUAUUGCGCUCGCAAGGUGUAAAAAAAGGAGAUACAGUCACGCUGUAUAUGCCCAGCAUACCGGAACUGGCUUUCGCAAUGCUCGCCUGUGCGAGAAUAGGAGCUGUACAUAGCGUUGUAUUUGGAGGAUUCUCAGCUGCAAGUGUAGCAGAACGCAUCCGUGAUGCUAACUCACGCAUCGUCAUCACGGUAGAUGAAGCGACUCGUGGCGGGAAGUUUAUACAUAUGAAACGUAUUGUAGACGAUGCAUUGAAGGAAUGCCCAGAUGUACAGAGGUGUCUAAUCCUACGUAAUUUGGGAUCCAAUGUCGAAUUCGUUGAAGGACGUGAUAUGUGGCUUAACGAAGCACUCGAACAGGCAAGACCAUAUUGUCCACAAGAAGUUAUGGACAGUGAAGAUGUACUAUUUAUACUCUACACUUCGGGAUCAACAGGACGACCAAAAGGAGUUGCUCAUACCACAGCAGGAUAUAUGUUAUAUGCACAUACCACAACCAAAUAUAUAUUCGACGCAAGAAAAGGAGAUGUAUUUGGAUGUAUGGCAGAUCUCGGAUGGAUCACUGGGCACACAUACGUAGUAUAUGGACCACUCCUAAACGGACUCACAACAUUCAUGUUCGCAUCACUACCCAACUAUCCAGACCCAGGAAGAUACUGGCGUAUGGUGGAGCAAUACCGUAUCACACAAUUCUACACGGCACCAACAGCUAUAAGAGGACUCAUGCGAGCAGGGGAUGAUAUACCGAGAAAAUAUGAUACAAGCUCCAUACGUAUACUUGGGAGUGUAGGUGAGCCUAUAAACCCAGAAGCCUGGAGAUGGUAUUAUGAAAUAGUUGGUCGGGGAUGCACAACAGUAGUUGACACAUACUGGCAGACUGAAACUGGAGGGAUAGUUAUAGCUCCUAUACCCGGAGUUAUACCGACAAAACCGGGCUCUGCAACCGUGCCGUUCUUUGGUAUUGAUGUAGGACUUGUAGAUCCCAUCACAGGUAAAGAGAUCGUAGAAAAUAGCAAAAGUGGGCUACUGGUUAUACGACAACCGUGGCCAGGACUAUUCCGUACACUGUUCGGUAACCACCGUCGAGGGGUAGAGAACUAUUUUGCUAAGGUACCUGGAUGCUACCUUACUGGAGAUGCGGCAUAUAGAGACAAGGAUGGUUACAUAUGGAUCAACGGACGGGUAGAUGAUACACUCAACAUAUCUGGACAUCGUAUCGGUUCCGCGGAUAUAGAACAUGCACUUGUACAGGUUAACUUUGUAGCCGAAGCUGCUGCAGUAUCUUUCCCACACCCGAUCAAGGGGCAAGCUAUUUUCUGCUUCGUUACACUAAAGGACGGUUAUAACAUCUCACCUGAGACACUUGAACGGGAAUUACGGCUUUCUGUACGAAAACACGUAGGGCCAUUUGCCACACCGGAUAUAAUUACAGCGACACCACACUUGCCAAAGACACGAAGUGGCAAGAUAAUGAGGCGCAUAUUACGCAAACUUGUUAGUAACCAAUGCGAGGACCUCGGGGAUAUAUCAACACUUGCCGAUUCGUCGGUAAUAGAGGGGUUGAAUAUAUCGUGUCGUGAUGCCUUAAACAAGUACACGCAGAACAUAGGUUAA